AGUUCAGAGUUGCAGCACUGGGCACAUGGCUAAAAUACUCCAUCACAGGGCACACUCACCCACACAUCUCACCUCACCAGGUUCAGAGUCGCAUGAAAGUCUUCGGGAUGAGCGAAGGAAAACCCGUUAGACAUAGGGAGAACAUGCAACCUGCACACUUGGAGAAAUCCGAUCUAAAUAUUAUACUGCGCGCUUAGUAUUUUGCUAGGAAUUUGUUCUGACUCGUUAGCACAUCAUGUUAUCCCUCCGCGUUUACAGUACCGAACACACGCGGUUCCUUGAAGUAGGCUGGACCUGACAGACACUAAACAGCAGCAUAAAAAGGCUUCGCAGUCCUAAUUUUGCGAGACAUUCCCAUGUCGGUUGUUUAUUCCACUUUAUAUUUCACUGUCACUUCCCACUCCACUCGGUGCUUUUCUUCACACGCCAGAUGUUCGUUGUGAGCUGAGAGCGCCACGUGCGCCUCCCGUGUGAAGCCGUCCUUGUGAGAAGGGCCCAACGCCCACCUUUCUAGAGUCUGAGGGUGCGGUCGGAUCGCAAGUCGUGUCUGUAAAUCGCCCUGCUGCGCUCACAAGAAAAUGUGCCAGACACCUUCAGACAGUGACGUGGUGAUGGGUGAAAGAGGGGACUUGCUUCGUUCCUUCAUUUCAGGCAGCCCCUAAAAUCCAAACUGAAUAUUGUUGCUGCCGGAGAAUUAUAAAAGUUGGUUUAUGGUUGACGUCAGAAUCAAUGGACUGCCAGGAGACCAAUCGCAGCUUGGAAAGCAGCUCCGAUUGAAAAUCGCAGUCGAGAGGCGCUGGAGCGCAUUUGUCAAAGAUCUGCAACAGGUGAAGAACGCUCUAGGUGGCGAUUUAAAGGGUUAUGCGCCGGGGUGUCCCAGUGAAGAAGGUGGGCGAUCUCGGAAAUCCAUAGAAGGGGCAGGUAGACCCUCUUAGAUGGCUUAUUAGCAGCACUGAGAUUUCAAAGAAAGGCAAGGUUGCCGACGGAUUCUUUCUAUUCCAUGAGACGCACUUCUCGGGCUGUCCCAGUAGAGAAAUCUCAGUUGUCGAGAACAGCAACAGCCGGAUGAUUUCAAGUUCGCUUCUUCUGCGUUUUUAAUUUCUGUUUACUGGCUUCAAAUAUCUAAAAGAAAAACUUUAGUUGAAAUGUUGACUAAAUACGCCUGGCUUCCUCUUACCUAUUUGGCGGAUAGUUUCAUCACGUCAGAGGGGCUUUUCAACCGCUCAGUUUUGGAAGUUGUAGGUGCCAACAGUUCGAGCAUAUUUAGACUGGACAACAACACGAUGGCCGAAUGGCAGUCCCUGGUGGGAAAGAAGAAAUACGGAAUCGAAUCACAAAAUCCGACUGUCAAGGCUCUACUCAUUGUCGCCUACUCCUUCAUCAUCGUUAUUUCUCUCUUUGGGAAUACGCUCGUGUGCCAUGUGGUCAUGAAGAACAAGCGGAUGCACUCGGCCACGAGCUUAUUCAUCGUGAACCUGGCCAUCGCGGACAUCCUCAUCACCUUGCUCAACACGCCUUUCACUCUGGUUCGCUUUGUGAACAGCACUUGGGUUUUCGGGAGGGCGAUGUGCCACGUGAGCAGGUUCGUCCAGUACUGUUCCCUGCACGUCUCAACGCUGACCCUGACUGCCAUCGCGCUGGACAGACACCAGGUCAUCCUGCACCCGCUGAAACCCCGGAUGUCCUUGGCUAGAGGGCUCAUCUACAUUGCUGUCAUCUGGAUCAUGGCAAGCUGCUUUUCCCUUCCUCAUGCCAUCUACCAGAAGCUUUUCACGUUUGCUUACAGUAAGGACAAGAUCAGAAGCCUGUGUGUCCCCGACUUUCCUGAGCCUUCCGACCUCUACUGGAAGUAUAUCGAUUUGGCCACCUUUAUCCUGCUCUACAUGUUGCCUCUACUCAUCAUUUCGGUCACUUAUGCCCUGGUAGCUAAGAGGCUCUGGCGUCGCAAUGCAAUUGGAGAUGUCACCACGGAGCAGUACUUUGCCCACCGAAGGAAGAAGAAGAAGACAAUCAAAAUGCUAGUUGUAGUCGUGGUGGUGUUUGCUGUCUGCUGGUUCCCUCUAAACUGCUAUGUCCUACUCCUGUCCAGCCAGGCUAUUCGCAGCAGCAAUGCCCUCUAUUUCUCUUUUCACUGGACAGCCAUGAGUAGCACCUGCUACAAUCCCUUCAUCUACUGCUGGCUCAACGAGAACUUCCGCUCUGAACUCAAGUAUCUCCUGAACAUCUGCAAGAGGUCUAGCAGUAUUCAGGAUCGCAUGCUGCCCACAACAGCAUCACACCAUCGAGUUGCCUGGCCCGAGAGUCAUGCUAGCUAUAGCAGGGUAAAGGAGUCCCAGAGUCUGCGCUCCACCACCAAUAUCCAUUCUGGCAAAACCGAUAUUUCGUCCGUUGAGCCUAUUGUGGCAGUCAGUUAGUCAACAAGAAAUAGCCAUGAAAUCUACUUGUAUACAUGGCCUAGAGGUCGGACUCUAGCAUGAUUUUUAACCCAUUUCUUUAGACUGUGAAUUGGCACCUUAUGUGCCCAGUGACAUUUGGCUGGAUGGCUAGGCAUUCUCUUAUCUAUCAGAAACAUGGACCUUCCUAUGGAGGCAAUCCAGUAGAAAUGCCUCUUUUAAUGCACAGUGGUACCCUUCAUUAGGGUGAGACUAAAUGUUACUUCUCGCUGCUAUGUUUCCCAUAAUGUGAGAGAUGCCAGUAUGAGGCUAGCUUCUGUUUGUGUCAUUUGGUGCACAUCUUAGCACAAGCACCUAUUGUGUGCCUUCACUGUUCAAAUAUCCAUUUCCAGGAAGUGUACUCAUAAUAAAUGGCAACUUUGUGGUUCAUUCCACUGUGCUAAGUUCCUUUGUGUUGCUCCUAACCCCACUGUCACUAAAAUCUGCUAUGUGCAAAAGUGCGUAGCUUAAUGAAGGGCGCACUGGGAACAGCCUUUCAAAUAGCAAGCUUGCAAAUACUACCUGUUUGAAAAUUUAGGGGCACUGUCAAGAUUUUGUAAAAGACAAGAGAGGUGUGAAAAGGUUUGGGGGAUCCACCUCACAUACUUGAAAUAAGAAUAAACAGCUUGUCAAAAAUAAAGAGUAGUCAAUCGAGACCGUGUCCAAUAUGGGACUGACUGAGAAAUGAAGCAUUGAGGGUUUUAUGGGUAGGAAGGAGGAAGAGGUGUGUCUUCUGAGCUUGCCAGAAGUGAGGUCAGAGGGGGGUUGAGAAUUUGUCCGGAAGUGGAAUCUGUGGAGGAAAAGGAUGCGUAGUUAUGGUGGCUUCUCUUCUGGGGAUCUGGGGAAGGAGAAAGAGAAGUGCGCCCAGUCGAGCCUUGUCUCUGCAUACAACGUUCAGUUAAGCCCACUGACUGCCCCCCAUGUGUGCGUGUGUGUGUGUGACAGUGUGUGACAGUGUAUAACGCUAAAAUGACAGGGGUGUAGCUACACUGUAAGAGUAAUGUUUUGGGCAAAAUGGUAGGGGAGACUACCUCUACCUCUAAGCGGCAAUAUCAGACAAAGCUGCAAGUGAAACCCUAGCACAGGUCAGUAAAGGAGGCCAGGGAGUGUCCAUUGCUGUCCUCUUAAGGUGGUAUGGUGAACUGAAAUGUAUUCUGUAAGGUAGAGCUCCUCUUGUAACUCUGUCUGGCACUCGCCUCCAUUACAGUUCAACCAAGCCCAGAUUCUUUACUUUUCCUGUGUUUGCCAUCCAAUGGACCACCCUUUUCCUGUAGAGGGGCGCAGACUGCCAGGCUGGUGAAGUUGGGAUGGUGUAAAUUUACGGCAUUUAUGUCAGUCUGAACAACACUGGUGGUUCAUAAUCUCAGUCAAUUAUAUUGGUAGGACUUGAGGGCAGUGAACCACAAUGGGAAUAAAAGAAACUUUUAUAAUGUCAUGACGGUCUGGACUACACUAGGUGGUGGUGUCUUUGUUAUAUGCUUAUAGGUGAAAUUCUUACUUGCAUGUGCUAAUCAACUUGCAACAUGUGACCACCCUCCAUGAUCAUAAUUAGUAAGUAAAAUAAGCUUACCUCAAAGCUUCUGUCUACCUUACCUGCAACAACUAGUAUGGAUUAGAAUGUAUAAUGGAACUGCGAUGACAGGUCUGGACCACAAUAGGCAGCUGAAGGCCUGACAGGUCUAAAUAACACUAAAGGGUGGCGUACAGGGGUGCAUGUAAUGUACUUUAGAAUCUUAUGACUUGACAUUCCUUGUCAACCCCAGGUAGAGGGGAGUGGGUGGUCUAAUAAUUAGUGAUCAGGUGACUUGACAGGUACGGGCCUCACUUGGUGGUGUAGGAUGUGCUGUAUUUGUUGUAAUGUGUAAUGUAACUCAUACAUGGAUGUCGACAAGUUUUAUGUACACUGGGUGAAAUGGAGAACAAGUGUUUAAUAUACUAAUUAAUGUAAUUUAUAACAGAAUAAAUUAAAUGGUCUAGAUUAUAGGAGGUGAGGGUGUUUGUUGUAGUAAUUAAUGUAAUU